UGUACGGUUGCUGGAACUGCACCCAGGCGUGCGUCGCUGCCGGCAGUGACGCUGUCGCGUUCACGAUGAAAGUUGCGACGUACGGGAAAAGCCAACUUUACAGUAAGUCGCUGGCGGCAAAAAGUGCUGCCGCUGGCGUCUUAUUUUCUGGCGCGACGGGCGUUUGUGCGUUGGCGGGCGUGAAUAAAACGGGCGAUGGAUGCGCCGGUGAAAAACUCGUUGUGGCCAAACCACCGGCACCUGCGGCGGUCAGACUAACGGGAGGAGCUGAGGCACAGCAGCAAGGACGGACAGUUGAAGCCAAAAGUGAGCCGCAGCUGCAGGAGGAAGGCCGACGCGACACAGAAAAAGUUGCAGCAGGAGCUGAGCGCGGCAACCCCGCAGGCACCGCAGCGCAGGAUCCUGCAGGCCCUGCGCCUCAGCCCACGGUCAAGCCGCCUGCAGAGUCUGCGGCCCCGGUGGGUGGUGUCGGUGGGCAGCCCGCGCACACCGUUGAGGGCACAAAGCAGGUGGAUGAAGGUGUGCCCGCCAGCAGCGCGUCGCCCAAACAGAGCGCACAGCCACAGGCGGGAGGUGGCUUGGCUCAAGUCGGCGUUGACGGUGCCACGGGGCAACCGAAUGCGGAAAAAGGCAGUGAAGAAGCGGGAGGCGUUGCAGAACGUCAAGCGACGACCGAGCACGGCAGCGACUCGACAACCCCCGCGCAGUCCACUGCCGGCUCGGUGACCAUCGCCGGGCCCCAGCUGCCCGAGAGCAAAAGGCAGACGCAAGGGGCGGCGGCGCAGAGCGGUGGGCAACCCGAAAUUGGCUCUGCGGUCACCAGCGGCCCUGCCGCUCCCGCUGGAAGUCGCGCGGGGACAACUCCACAAGUUCCCUCCGCAGGUGGCGUUGGGGCUGCCGGCGGUCAGACUGGAGAACCGAAGGAGGCGAAUGCCGAAGUCACCGCAGAGUCCGAUGCUGCUCGCGCACCUGCAGAGAGCGAGGCUAAAACACCUGCAGCGGGGCCCAUCGCCACCAGCACAGGUAACACCGCGACUACGACUGGCGGUGACAGCGGCAGCCCCGUGGCGCAGUCGCAGCCGGCGAAUUCCGUGGCGGCAAACGAGGCGGGUCAUGUACAGCAAAAGGAGCAGCCCGCAGUCACCACCUCCAAGCAGGAAACGGAAAAGAGUGGUGGCAGCAAUGAACAAACCGCUCAGCCGGCAGCGGGGGCGGCUGCUCAAGUGGAGACCACCACCAACAAUUCGACGAGUGCAGCGAAGACGGCGCCCGGCGACAGCGACGGCAGCAGCACCGCGGCCUCCCCAUUUGCGCUGCUUCUUCUGCUUGCUUGUGCGGGUGCCGCUGCGAUGCUGGCUGCGUGA